GGUUUCGGUCGGUCCUCGUCCAACCCCUUGUCAUUGUCGUUCGUCUUGGCCGGAGGGAUUCCCUCUUUCUUGAGCUGUUUAUCUAUUACUCACGGAACUCUCCUCUCUCGGUGGGAACUACGCACUGCGGGAUACCAUAUCCGUAUCCGUCCACCCUCAACAACCUUCGACAGAAACGACCGCAGCACAGAAAAGUGACACCGCAUAGCACACUCCGAAACAUUCGAUACACUGCAUAAAAAAGGAUGCGAACGCCCACUCUUUCCAGUCUGCUGACGCUCACGCUAGCCCUGCUCAGCAUCAGCGUCUCCGCACUGGCCGCAACAGCAUCCUCCGCACAGACCCUCCUCGACCAAGCAAAAGCGCACCUCUCCAGCGGCAACUUCAACGCCGCCCUCGACAGCUUCGACGCCGCGAUCGCUUCCGACCCAUCAAACUACCUUACCUACUUCCGCCGCGCCGCCGUCUACCUUAAGCUGGGCAAGUCCAGCCACGCCGUGAAGGACUUUGAUAAGGUGUUAGCGCUCAAGCCUGAACAUGCUCCGGCGCUCAUUCAGCGGGCAAAGCUAUUGGCGGGACGGGGGAGCUUACAGGCUGCGAUCGCGGACCUGGAGCACUAUAUGAAGUCACACGGCGCAAACGCGGCGGAUAGUACGGCAGCCGAGGCCGCAGAGUUGCUGCAGCAAUACAAAGAGGCGGUCGUAAGCGCCGAGGAAGGCGAAAAGCUCUACAAACAGGGCAACCACGAAGCAGCGAUCCAACACCUCUCCACCGCGCUCGCCAGCAUGCCCUACUCCCACCACCUGCGCACCCUCCGCGCCGACGCCUACUUCAAAACCAAUAGCAAAGAGAUGGGAAUCGCGGACCUGACCCGCCUCACCCAGCUCCCCGACUCGACCGACGCAACCACCCUCUUUGUCCGUCUCGCGAACCUGCACCUGGAGAUCGGCGAACUUGCCCGCGCCCUCGCAAACACCAAGGAGUGUCUCCGGCUGGACCCGGACCAUAAACAGUGCAAGAAGAUAUUUAGGCAGGUCAAGAAGCUGGACAAAGCGAUCACGGCCGCUGAGGAGUCGUUGAAUAAACGCGCGUGGAAACCGGCGGCUGCGAAAUUGACGUCGGCGCCGAAACCGACCGUGUUGGAGCAGGUUGAGGCGUUGGGGAAGGAGGCCACGCCGUUGAGGAAACGGGUAUACGGGAUCAUGUGCCGGUCCCAUGGCGGGGCAAAGAACGAGAAGGAGACGAUGAGCUGGUGCUCGAAGGUGCUGGAGAUCGACCCGGAGAACGGGGAUGCGUUCAUGUACAGAGCCGAAGCGAAAAUGCAGGCCGAGAAUUACGAGGAUGCGAUGCGCGACUUCCACUCCGCCUCCCAACACGCCCCCACGGACCCGCACCGCGUCUCCUCGGGCCACACGCAAUCGCAACGCCUGCACCACACCUCCUCGCAAAAAGACUACUACAAGAUCCUCGGCGUCCCUCGCACCGCAUCAAAACGCGACAUCAAAAAAGCGUACCGCAAACUCAGCAUGCAGUGGCACCCUGACAAGUACUCGGGCGAUCUGAGCAAGGAGGAGGUGGAAAAGAGGAUGGGCGAGAUCAACGAGGCGUACACGACUCUGAGCGAUGAUGAGAUGAGGAAGAGGGUCGAUAUGGGCGAGGAUCCGAAUGUAAGUUGGGCCAAUGGAUUCCCCCCGUUGACUCCCACUCCGUUUCGAUUUCUGGAUUUUUUAAUCUCAUUCUUGG